UUAUUUUCAUCGGAGAGCUUCGAAGGGUUAGAGAGAUCUCGCGGCUCCUUCGUUCUUCUCCGCUUCAACUCUAUACCUACGAUUCUUGGCUUUUGUAUCCACUGUAACUUCGUUGAUUUGAUUUUGGCGCGUUAUUAGAAACCAUUCUUAAACCCAAACUUUGUUGAUUGGUCUCUCGCGAUCGAUCUAGGGUUUCGCGAGAUCUGAGAUUUCAUCUUUUCCGAUUCACCUCCGCAAUCCAAUUUUUUUGCUAUUGCUUGGAUUUGUGAGUAAUCGUUUGUUAAAAGAUGUCUCGGUGUUUCCCAUUCCCUCCACCUGGUUAUGUACUGAACGGAAUCCGCGAUGAGGCUAUGAUCGUAUCGAUCAAGGGGGCAGAAGAGAAAGCUAAGAAAGAACAACGGAGAAAGGAUAAAAAGAGAGAUAAAAAGGAGAAGAAGGAUAAAAAAGAUAAGAAGGAGAAGGAGAAGAAGAGGAAGGACAGAGAUGGAAAGGAAGGUGAAAGCGAAAAGCACAGUCAUAAGAGACGGCGUACAGAAGAAGGUGCCAAAGUUGAUCUUUUUCGCAAACUUAAAGAAAGCGAGAUCAACUGUUUGGAGAAGAGCAGUCUUACUGUAGAACGUGAGCUGCUUCAGUCGACGUCCCAAAACUCUUGUGAUAGCACUCUUAACAGCAAUGAGAUACUACAGCCUCUCGAUGGUGGUAGACAUAACAAUGACUCGAAGCAGCAGCCUCUCGAUGGUGGUAGACAUAAUAACAAUGACUCUGAAAGCAUCAUUCGGAUCCGUUUGCCUAUCAGAAGGCAGAAAGAUCCCGACGUGAUGACGACCAACAAAGAUCAAGAUACACCGUGUUCUUCCCGGGGAAUAAAGUUAGAGUCGUCCCAGCUUGCUGCUAGUAGAGAGCCGGUUAAUCAUCAACAUCCUUGUUCCACUUCUGCACCAGAACACGCUUCAAAGCCACGAGAAGAGAAAAGUAAAGAUCCCGUUUUAAAAGGGAAACACCACGGUAAAGAGAAGAAGAAGGCCGAAACUUAUCAACUUACUAGAAGCCGAUGCAGUUGCCCUCCAUCCGUGGUGUCGCAGUUCUUGAAUGUAGUUGAGAAUUGGGUUCCUAACACGAUCGAGACAAGAGUAGACCUCAUUAACUCGGAAGAUGAAGAAUGUUGGUGGUCCAUGAAGAAGCCAAGUAUCCCCACUGAAAGAUGCAUACAACUUGACAGAAACAAUGAGAUCACUCAAGUAGGCAAUUCAAUGGGGUGGCCAUGUGCUCGCCUUUUACCAGAAGCUGAUGUCUAUGCCUUACCUUACACUGUCCCGUUUUGAUAACAUCAGACAGCAUGAAGUUUUUAACAAUGAACCUGGUCGAGUCAUCCAUGUACCGGACCAGACAAUUUUUUUGGUUUAGCCUUAAAAUUCCAAGGUUGUAUAAGAGAACACACUGUUUGUUAUUCUUUGCGGUUGGUAACCAAUAUAGUAAUAUCAGUAUUCCGGUCUC